UCCUGCAACGUGUUGCUAGAGAUCAGAGCUUUGUUCUGAGACUUUGGAAACUUUGCAAUGGAAACUUAAGAAUAAACGCAGGCAAAGUCACUAAACAAUGUGAUUUUGGAUGCAUCUCAUGGAAACAUUGGUCCAGUUAAGAUGAGAGUAACUUCAAGAACGUGCGUAUACAUGCAGAAAUAAAAAUGUGUUUGCAUGGAUGAGGAGUGCAGGAAUGAAGAUGAUGUGGCACUGAUGCUGUGAGUGGACAGACGAAACACAUUAGACUUCUAUCAGUGGUGUUUAUAAUGGCUUUAAGAGUGUGGUUGAAGUUCAGACUAAAAUGUCGGUUUGUGGUGGCCUUCCUGUUUUUCUUCAGUCUAUCAGUGGUGAUGAUAUACACCCUCCCUCCUUUCCCAUCUGAGCAGAGCAGGCUGAACGUACGGGGCCCCCGCAAUAACAAACCCAGCAGGCUGGUCAAGAAGUUGCCGCUGAGACUUUAUCUGCCAACGUCUUCAUACGUACACAGCAAAACCUGGAAGAACCCUGAAAUGAAAGAUUCUGCUAAACGUCUCCUGAUGGUCAACCAUCACCAACAAUCAUUUUCCUCUGGAAAAACAGCAGAGAAAAAAGUAGCAACCAAAAAGCCUGUAAAAAGUAAAGCAAACAAAAAAGAACAAUAUCUGCAGAACAUAAACAAGCAUUCAGUCCGUGCCAAAAGAGGGCGAGUCAUUAAAUUAGGAAAUAGCGGGAACUCUAACCAAACCAUCCAUCUUCUUCACUCCAGACAUGACCCAGCAUUUCCCCAGUCUGCCAGCAUCCAAAGCCUCCACCCAAACAACAAGACAUGCAGGCACAAAUGCACUCCAGAUGGGGCCAAAGCAGAGACGUUCGUAGGGCAGUACACUGAUGCACAGCAGGUGGUAAAACUGAAACAGGCACCUGGACUAGCAGCAACAAAUGAAAAACAAGCAGGACCCUUUAAGAGGAAGAGGCCCAAAAUCAGAACAGAAACCAAUGACGGGAUUCCAGAAGAGGCUGGCAUUAAGGUGUCAGCCAAUGACUGGUGCAAGACAAUCUCUGAAGAGACUUUUAUUGAAAACUGGAACCAAACCAAAACAGAGUCUCUACCCUGGCUCAGUGAGGAUGAUAUAAAAAAGAUGGCACUUCUCUCCAGAGGCACAGUGUUGAGUAAAGCCAGGCUUCUGGGCCAUGGACAAGUCCUUCAGGUUAGAUUUGGUGAGAAAAAAGACAUAUUUGUCCCUACAGGGGACAAUCGUAUUACAGGCUGUGAGACAGGAAGUUGUGCACUCAUAAAACGUCCCAAUGACUGGUUCGAAGUGUUUGCCUUUCACCUGGACAGAGUUCUGGGUCUAAACCGGAGCUUGCCCGCAGUGUUGAGAACUUUCCACAGUGAGAUUCUACCUUACAAAUACACCAAUGGGUCUCCUAGACCAGUGAUCUGGUGGGAUCCCAGCAUAAAACAUCUGUCAGAUGCUGAGAAUGACCAGAACUCUUUCUCACUUACUUGGACACAGUAUCAGACUCUACUUCAGAGCAGGUGUGGUACUCGGGUGCCACUUAACUUUACAAGCUGUUUGGGAGUUCAUCAUUCAGAGUGGGGGCGGCUAGCCUUGUUUGACUUCUUGCUUCAGGUGAAUGACAGACUAGACCGGUCUUGCUGUGGUUUCAAACCAGACCCAUCAGAACUCUGUGUAGAAAACCUUCUGCAUGUCAAAUGUGGAAACCCAAAGGACUUAAAUUUGGUGCACAUCUUGAAGUGCUGA